CGGCGCUGUAGAGGCGCAUGAGCUUACUAUCGUGGGGUUUUCAUUUGGCCGAAGAGUUAAUCGUGUCCUUAUGAAACAUCAUAUGUACCAUAUGAUUGCCAUCAUCAGACCCCAAGGAAGGACCACAUAACCUCAGGGACCAUGGAAACAGAAAACAACAUCACACCUGGUCAGAUCAGUGAGGAAGGUAUGUCGUGCAUGGCCUCCGUCAAAGGCCUGAAGGAGAACUGGCAGAAGUGGUCUGAUGGACAUCAGGAGUACCAGAAGCACAACCCUUUCAGCCACGAUGCCAAGCCCGCCACGGUGGUCCUUCAGAAGGGACAGGAGGGCUACGGGAGGCCCUGGGAGGGCUCCCUGACCGAACAACGUGGGAAGGAUGCUCACGUGCACAUCAGCCGGGAGGUUGAGGAGCUGUGUGAGGUGAUAAGGAACAUCGGAGAGACUCGGGACAAGGAUGGGAAUGGUGCCCACGAGAAAGUGACCACAGUGGAGUUCGGCAAACUGUUUGAGCACUAUGUGACUAUCUCUAAUAAAGUAGUGGGGAUUCUUCUACGAGCCAGGAAGCAGGGCCUGGUUAAUUUUGAGGGGGAGAUGCUGUGGCAGGGUCAGGAUGACCAUGCUGUCAUCACUUUGUUACAGUGA